AUGUCUCCAAUACUUCUAUCCCCGUAUGACCAGCUCUUACACGAAUGCCACACCUUCAAAGCCAACUUAGAAUCUCAAGCCCAUGCCCUGAGAUAUGAUCGAGGAUUGGAGCGCAACGGAGAUGUCUUUCGCGCAGUGGUAAGACUUUCUCUCCAAACCGAUCGGAUUCUAGAACUCGGCCUUCGUAUGAUUGCCGAUACCCCUGAUAACAAUAUCACCCGUCGCUACCCUUCUUAUUGGAGUCGCGAAGGUGACACUUCCAAGUUCGAAACGGUGUUCCAUAGAUUAGAGCGGGACUUGGAUCAAAUGGCAUUAGCCCUAAACAGUGACCCCUCGCAGGAGACGUGUCAGGAGAUUGCUGAGCGGCUAGAGGAAAUCGCUGGACAGGUUGUAUUCGAUUUUGGUCUUUAG